GCUCCGGCCUCCUGCGGGCGGGCAGCGCGCCAUGCUGGGCCGGCGGCGCGUCUUCGCGGUGGAGCCGCUCGGCGGCCGGGAUGGGGCCAGCGAGGACCUGGCACAUGGCUGUGUAGUGCCCGGAGCUACCAGCAUCUACAGGCGGAUUCCGGAUGCCACUUGUGGUUGCUCAUUGGAUUCCUGGAGGGGAGAGGGCAGGCUCAGAGGUCACAGGAGGCCUGUGGCACUUCUCAAAUUGGCUUCCCGAGACUCAGGGGUGGAGAUGGUAGUUGGGGACAGUCCCUUGGCCACCUUUCCAGGACUUUCUCUGGACUCUCUGAAUCUUGAGCCCGUGGAGAACUCUGAGCCGGCUGCCCAGCCAGACCGGCUGCGGGCCAGCCGAAAGCUGGAGCAGGUGCUGGAGCGAGCCCGCGGGUUCCCCCGGUUGCCAGGACAGCGCUGUUCCCCGAGGCCACCUCGCCAGCCUGAGCAUGGAGCACCUGCUUUUGCAGCCCGACCAGAGCCCACUGAGGCAGAAACCAAGCCAGAGGCAGGUCUGGAAGAAGUGGAGGUGGAGGGUGGCAUGGGACCCGAAGCCAGGGCCUGCCUCCCGGGGCGGGGUCUUCGCUAUCUGGAACACCUAUGCCUCGUACUGGAGCAGAUGGCAAGACUUCAGCAGCUCUACUUGCAACUGCAGAUCCAGAGGCCCCCUGGGGAUCCUGAGGAUGAGGAGGCAGCGGCUCUGGCUCACUCAUCUUCCCUUUUACCUGCCCCAGACCAUGGGGUACAGGGGCUAGAGGAACUGCUAAGCCAGACAAAGACAGGAACAGAGGCAAUUUCAGCCCCAAAGCUGGAGAUGCUCAGCACCAGCCUUCCCCGGCUGACAGAAGCCCCAGUGGAAUCAGUUCACACCUUCCCACCCUCCCAUAAACACAAGGAUCUCUCCCACUGGGACAAGGUCAAGGUCCUGCUCAAUCGGAUCCGCUGGAGAAGCUCUAGACACCCUGAGCCUGCAGUCCUUCCUGAUGGAUAUGGUCCCAGAAUUGAGUCCAAGGAUCUCUCUGAAAUUCCUCCAUGCUGCCCCCACCAAAAGACCUUUAUGCCAUCAUUAAUGGUUAAGAAGUCACGAGCAAAAAACCUUUCUGUUUGCUGAGAACUCUUGGUGUACCUGGUGACCCGGAUGCAGGAAAUUUGCUAUGAGCCUUCCUCACCCUUUGUCUUGUGGCUGCUUCUUCACACUGCCAGGAAAAGCUAUUAAUGCUUGCCCUUCUAUGAGGCAAAGACUGAGUUUUUCUUUUUAGCAGCCUCACAAAGGAGCUCUGGUUCUGAGAAGCUCCAAGGCCUGACAGCUCUAGGGCUCCUCCUCCUUUCCAGACAUCCAGAAGAUAUGAACUAAUAUAUCAGGUGUCCAUAAAACAUGUAUGGCAUGGUGAUCUGUCUGGGCCCUUCAUGCUGCAGAUGUGUGUUCAUGCAUAAUGUAUGUGCAUCUUUGUGACUGUUAGUAUUGUCAAUUGGCUGGAAACAUCCUAUAAAGCGUCAAUGUUCUAGGGAAGUAACUGGAAGGAUGGAGCUGACCUUCAUUUCACACUGACCAGCUACUGAUCUGGAUUUCUGCUUUCCUCUUCACCCCUGAAUUGGCAGCCCUAGAACACAGAACUGUGCUGUUUUGGCUGCCUCCCUAGUGAACCUUGCCCUUGGAGAGGAUCAGAGGCAUGUGGGGAGUCACAGAAUAACUUUGAAGGUCAUCUCAAAGCUGUUCUCUGUACUAUCAUUUCCAUGCCAGAGCUGAAAUCACACACAUAGACUUGCUUUUAGGCCAUGUCAAAAAUCUCUUUACUUCUGAACCACAGCUUCCUAUUUGGGAUUAAAACUGCCUGCCCUAACUACCUCACAAGGUUGUUAUGAGGAUAAAGUGACAUUAAACUGUCUCAAAGUGU